AUGGAAGCCUCCAGGAGAGGCAGCACCCACCGGGAGAAUGUUGAAGCCAAGCCCAGCGGACUGUUGAUGCACGAGGAUGUCCAGCUUUCACCAGAGGAAACGAGGGCAGAGCGACGCUUGGUGUGGAAGAUCGACCUCAUCAUCCUCCCCCUCCUAUCGUUGAUGUAUUUCCUCGCUGCUCUGGAUCGAGGGGAUGUCAGCAACACAGAAGUGGCUGGUAUGGGCACGGAGCUGGCGCUGACAGCGUCUCAGUAA